CCAGUCGCGCUUGAAACGUCUGUUUGCCCAGAAAUCCACGUCACACGCACACUACAGGUUCCGAGCAGUCCAGAUCAGCGAUUCCAGCGAGAUGAUGAUAGCCAGCAGCCUCGCCGUCUUAUAUGGCAUUGCCAUCGUGUCGUCGAUGGGCGUGCAAUCUGCCCGAGCAGGUUAGAGGAAUUCUCCGAAUCCGCGUCGAUGGGAUGCUAAUGCUAAUAUUGGUGUACAUUAUUGCAUGGGCCAGACUACGCCGACGACUGCACCACACCGGAUGGCGAUCAGGGUCAGUGCAUGCCCUUCUCCUCCUGCCGCACCAUCGAGGAGCGCCUGACGGAAGCCCAGAAGGCCGGACAGAAGGUGCCAGCCGACUACGCCAGUUACCUGCAGAAGGCACUCUGCGGCGAGUUCAAUGGAGUGCGCCACUUCUGCUGCCCCUCAGCCAACAUUCAGCACAACUCCAAGGUGAUGAGCCUGUUCAAGGACGAAAACUUUGACUGCGGCAACUUCCUCAGCCAAAGAGUGUCCAAUGGCUACGAGGUGAAGCUCUCCUCCAGACCCUGGAUGGCCCUGCUCCGUUAUCAGCAGUUUGGAGAGUCCAGAUUCCUUUGCGGCGGAGCUAUGAUAUCCGAGCGCUACAUCCUGACUGCUGCUCACUGUGUCCACGGUCUUCAGAACGAUCUUUAUGAGAUCCGGCUCGGCGAGCACCGCAUCUCUACGGAGGAGGAUUGCCGGCAGCAGGGACGCAAGAAGAAAUGUGCCCCGCCAGUUGUGAAUGUGGGCAUUGAGAAGCAUCUGAUUCAUGAGAAGUACGACGCCCGCCACAUCAUGCAUGACAUAGCUCUCCUGAAGCUCAACAGGAGCGUCCCCUUCCAGAAGCACAUCAAGCCCAUUUGCCUGCCCAUCACGGAUGAGCUGAAGGAGAAGGCAGAGCAGAUAAGCACCUACUUCGUGACCGGCUGGGGCACCACGGAGAACGGCUCGUCGUCGGAUGUGUUGCUCCAGGCGAACGUGCCGCUGCAGCCGCGAUCCGCCUGUUCCCAGGCCUACCGCAGGGCAGUGCCGCUCAGUCAACUUUGCGUGGGUGGUGGCGACCUGCAGGACUCCUGCAAGGGCGACUCCGGCGGCCCCCUCCAAGCACCUGCCCAGUACUUGGGCGAGUAUGCGCCGAAAAUGGUCGAGUUCGGGAUCGUCAGCCAGGGUGUGGUCACCUGCGGGCAGAUUAGCCUGCCCGGUCUGUACACAAAUGUGGGCGAGUACGUGCAGUGGAUCACGGACACCAUGGCCAGCAAUGGCCUGUGAGGAGAAUCAUCAUUCGUUGGCAGUUCUUAGAGCGUUCCUUAGUAUUAAGUCAAACCCAAAAAUAUAUUAAAUACAUAUUUGUAAACUCAGUC